GUGGCCCGUCAGCUAUCCGCCGAGUUCGGCGGUCUCUACAACACCAACAACAUCCUGCUGUCGGCCACACACACCCACAGCGGACCGGCCGGCUUCCUCGAGUACGUCCUCUUCCAGAUCAGCAACCUCGGCUGGGUGCAGGAGUCGUUUGACGCGCAUGUGGCCGGAAUUGUACAGAGUAUCCGCCGCGCACAUGCCGACCUCUCCGUGGGCUACAUGAGCUGGAGCAGCGGAGAGCUCCUUGACGCCAACAUCAAUCGGUCACCGACCGCCUAUCUGAGGAACCCGCAGCAGGAGAGAGACAGGUACCAAUAUGACACCGACAAGGAGAUGGUUAUGCUCAAGUUCUUCAACGAAGAUACCUCACCGAAAGGAAUGGUGAACUGGUUCGCUGUGCACGGCACCAGCAUGAACAACACCAACCAGUACAUCUCCGGCGACAACAAGGGAUACGCCGAACAGAUGUUCGAGUCUCUGCUGAACGGCGGCUCGCUGCCCGGCUCCGGCCCGUUUGUGGCUGCGUUCGCCUCCACCAACCUGGGAGACGUGUCCCCCAACACUCGCGGACCCAAGUGUAUCGACACAGGUUUGGACUGUGACGUGGACACGAGUACCUGUGACGGCCGUGUGGAGACGUGUAUCGCCUCGGGCCCCGGCCGGGACAUGGUCGAGAGCACUCAGAUCAUCGGUCACAAGCAGUUCGCCAAAGCGCAGAGCCUGUUCUUUGAGGACGCGGGCCGGCCGGUGUCUGGACCGGUGGACUUUAUUCACCAGUACAUCGACAUGUCCAACCAGACAGUGGUGAUCCAACAGCCCGACGGCAGCUGGGCUGAGGUAAAGACGUGUAAGGCAGCGAUGGGUUUCAGUUUCGCUGCGGGCACCACGGACGGACCGGGAGCCUUCGACUUCACCCAGUCCGAUACUACAGGCAACGAGUUCUGGGACACGAUCCGAGACAUGAUCAAGAAGCCCUCUCCGGAACUGGAGGCGUGCCACAAGCCCAAGCCGAUUCUGCUGGCUACCGGAGAGAUCGAGUACCCGUACGCAUGGCAGCCCCAAAUCGUGCCCGUUCAGCUGUUGCGACUGGGUGACGUCAUCAUUAUCGGCAUGCCCGGCGAACUGACCACCAUGGCCGGACGGCGGAUCAGAGAGGCGGUGACGGCUAGGUACGCUGAGGCCGGUGAGACGGUGAAGGUGGUGAUCUCGGGUCUGUCCAACACCUACUCCGACUACAUCACUACCUACGAGGAGUACCAGAAGCAGCGUUACGAGGGCGCUUCCACCGUGUACGGUCCCCACACCCACCAGGCGUAUCUGCAGAAAUUCCAGGAACUCGCCACCGCGAUGAUCCAGGGUACCCCGGUGGUGGACGAGGCCCAGCCCCCUAACCUGCUGGACGUUCAGAUGAGCUUCGUUCCCGGUGUGUUGUUUGACGCCGCCCCGCUGGGACACCACUUCGGGGACGUCACGCAGCAGCCGACCGCCGGCGCCUUCUAUCCCGGAGAGACGGUGGUCGUGAAAUUCGUCUCCGGCCAUCCGCGCAAUAAUCCGAUGACUGACAGGUCCUUCCUGGAGGUUCUCAAACUUCAGGAGGACGGCAGUUGGGCCGUGGUGGCCACAGACGCCUCCUGGGAAACAUUCUUCAAGUGGAGCCGCACGGACGUGCUGCUGGGACACUCGGAGGUCACCAUCACCUGGAACAUUCCUGUGGACGCCGCGGCGGGCACCUACAAAAUCAGGCACAUGGGCUACCACAAGCCGGCGGUGGGGAUGUUCAGAAGAGCCGUCUACUACAUGAGGAGCCUCUUCACCGGCCUGUUUGGUAGGAUGCUGGGUCGCGCCGGCGCCCCGCCUCAGUCCACCUUCUACUACGAGGGGGAAACGGAUACGUUCCAGAUUGCCCAGCCCUGGCUAACUCUUCGUUCGUUCGGCAAAUAACAUCCUUCAGGUAACUUCCGUACCGCAAACUAAGGGCAUCUCUUCAGUGUCUCUUUGAACCAGGAAGGCACGGGCAUUAUGAAUUGUUUGUGAUGGUGUGUUGGGAGAUUUUAUGAUGUAAUUUAAGUUGUUUUAGGCGGUGGGAUCGAGUGGUUUGGCCGAUUUUACCCGUUU